AAAAAAUGGCGUCAGAAAGGCUUUUACAUGCAAUAGUACUAUCUUUACAAUCAAUACAGUUUGCAUUGGCUCUUUUUUGCCUGCUUUCCAACACCUGGUUGGUCACUUCAAACGGGGAAGCAAGUCAAGGCCUGUUUAACCGAUGCUUCCCUGCUGACAAUGACUCGUGCAUAGAGGUGAAUGAUUGCCUUUCUUGCAAUAGCAGUUCUGGCGAUAAAGAAUGUGUUGCUCUACCUGGAUAUACUCAGGGGCCGGACGAGCUUAUUGUGGGAGGUCUUUUAACAACAUCCGUUAUCUAUCGUGCCAUCAUAAUGGUCAUAACCAUAUUUCUCCUGUGCACUGGCGAAGAUUCUGCACCAGAUAUGCGGAAAGAUCUGAAAGAUUACCUGCCCAAAUUUGAAGAAUGCUCAGGUGUGUGUGACAUAGGCAUUCUAGGCAUUUACAACUUUAUGAAUAUGACGAAUCGUUCUGGUGACUACUGCUUCAUAUUCGGUGCAGCAUAUUGGGUCAACUAUCUUCGACCGUUUCUGUCUCUACUUUUACUUCGAGGUUUACCUGGUUGUUUACAUUAUGCGGGGAAGUCAAAGGUCAUCCGGAAGUGUGUGAACCGGAAAACAUCGAAAACACCAGAUACUUAGUUGAACUUACGUUCGUCAAAUGCUAAUGACUAAUAUGUGAAUAUGUAUUAUACGUUAUUCAACUAUUCCACUCCAAAUAAUAUCCUGAGCAAGCACAAAAAGGGGGGAGAAAUUCACCCCAAUUUUGUACUUAUAUCGUGAAAAGAAUCUUUAUUCUAUCUGAAUAUACACGGAUGUUUGCUCGAAUCUUGACCCAUGAAAAAACUCUUUCUAUACUUUUAAAAUUGUUGAUGCUCUUAUUGAGAUGAUUCUCGAGAGUUAGCACUGACAGGCCGGUUCAUAUGUUCAAAACUAUCAUUAUGAUUCAAAGUAUAACCACCUAGUAUUUGGAGGUACUGAUAGAUAAUUUCAGCACAGUCUAUCGCUGUCCAUGCUUCCGAAAACAAAUAACUGGCUAACUAAUCCCAUACCUGACCUGGACCGGUAACCGGACGAGAGGCCGUGGUUCGCCAUAGGAUUGAGCCGUAUUAUCGGCUUUUCUCUCCCCGGGAUAAAUAUGUGAAUCCUUCCUUCCUUCCAUCUAAACUAAAUUUCUCGCAAUACAAAAUGACCAAUUGCGCAGUUUAGAUUUUGUUACUGUUUUUUUUUUAUUAAGUCAGAAGACUCAAGAUUCCG